CAAUUUGAAACAAAGCUGACAACACUGUUCUGUCAAAAUUUAUAUAUUGGAUUGUUAACAUUUUUAUUUAUUGAUUUGGUUAGAAAUAUUUGUUACUUAAAAUUAAAGUAUAUUUAUAAUCCAAAGAAUGUGAUGGUUAAAUAUAAUUAAAACUGCAAACGCCAUGUCUGCUAAUGGUAACGGCGGUAAUUAUGCACCGCUGAAGCAAGUUUUAUCGGACUCUGAUUCGGAUGACGAUCACAAGUUGGAAAAUAAUGUUCACAUUAGAACAACAGAUAGUUGUAAUAAUCUAGACUUUAACAGUGGUUUACAGUCUUCAAAGAACUACAGCAUGAGUGAUAUGGACGAGUUUAACACAAACGUCAACACUGUUGAAAGCACAAUGGAUAACGUAAGUUUCUUACAAUCGGACGCAUCCAAUAAAAUGUCGUUCCCACGUUGUUGUGCCUUCAUCACCUCGAUACUAGUUUGUAUCUUUACUGUCGUCAUAUUUCUGUGGGGCAUUCCUUGCUCUGAAGUAGGUAGUUGCACAAAUAGUGAGUGGCAAGAUAAAACCACCAGUUGGGAAUUGCCGUAUGAUGAAAUAGAGUUAUCCGGCGCCGUUCAAGUUGUAGAAGGUGCUAUACCAAACACAAAGAAUUUGAUAUUUAUAUAUCGUGGCAACCAUAUGAAGCAAAACAGUGGCAAUAAUGAUAAUGUUAAUGGUGUGUUGCUUAUAGUUGGGAACUCUGGUAAAGUUGGUUGGUACACUAGAGAGAGUAGAAUCCCCACAGAAAUAAAAUGUCACCUCCUGGAUGUUAAUCAUGAUAAUCAGAUGGAUUGCUUGGUUUCUGGGUCCGACGGUUUGCUUGCUGCAUUGAAUCCUUUAUCAGGCACUUAUUAUUGGUAUAUUCAUAAGCAUGGAAAAGUUUUCAGUAAUAUAGCUGCAAUAGAUUUCCCUACUCUUGUGAGGGAUAUGGAUAGGGAUAAAGUAAAUGAUCUUUUAACAGUUGCAACAGUUUAUCCUAACACAAAUCACAACUCAUUGUUAAUGAUAUCUGGUGCAACAGGGAAUAUAAUUGGGGAACCAGUAACUAUGGAUGAUUGCUUGUCAGUAAAGUUGCUUUCAGAAUCGGAAACUCUUCAUAUAAACUUGCCUUAUCUGUGCAAGAACAGUACAACGGAAGCUGUGAGAUUGCUGUCACUCCGUACUAUCAACAGAAAGGCAUUUAAAUCGGAGCAAACUGUGAAUCAUACAAUAGCAGCUUCAAUUACAAAGAAAGUUAAUCUCAGUUUAAAAAAAAAUAUUGGUAAUACAAGAGACAUGUACACUAAUGGUCCAGGCAGGCUAAUUGUGGAGAAUUCAGGUGAAUGCCCAUAUUCAUGUAGGGUUACUUUAAAAUUAUUGCUUGAUAGAAAUGGAACUACCAAUGUCAGCUGGCAGUACUCAGCCAACCAUGUGUUCGCCAUGAAACCAAGUACCUUUGCAUUUGCAAAUUCCAUACGUGGAUUUGUUUUGAAAUUAUGACAGUGGAACAGUGCACACCUGGCCAAGGGUGCACUUAAAAUAGACGAAGUCAAAUAUAAUGUACAAAAUCAAAGCCCAAAGAAUUAUGAUAUAUUUUACUAUCGGCCUACUAUAAAUGUUGCAUCUAUAUCCUCAUUUAUUAAGUAUGCAAAUUUCACUGCACAUGAUAUAUCCGAAAGGAUUGUGUUGGUAUCUUUCGAUAACAUGCAGACCCACAAUGUUAAUGUAAGUCAAACUGAUAUACUCCAAAUAUGUGUGCGUGGACCCAUCAACAGUGAUGUGCCACUACCAAUAUGUCAGCCUGAUUUGGCAUAUCAGGAGCAAUCAUUAAUGAUUGCAGAUCUAGAUGGUGAUAAGUCGCAUGAAUUAAUCUCAUAUUACAGUACCUUCAUUGCACCAGAGUCAUACAGUCCAAAAAAUACAAAUCCCGUUGAUAACUGGCGUUUAACAUCAAUAGUCAGAGUUAUUCGGUUAGAAUCUGAGUUGCCAAAAUUAUUUGUUUCUGAUGUGUAAUGUCAAUAAGAGCUUUGUAUUCAUAUUUGUUUUAUAGCGAGUCACAAUUUGCCAAAUGAUCUGCUAUUUUGCUGUAUGGAGUUAGUGAUAACUUUGUCUAGUCACCAUGAUUGGUAUUAUUAUUGUAAUUAAUUAAUAAUGUAUUAUUAUGAUAGGUUUAAAGAGUUUAGAGUAUUUACAAUAGAAAACAUGGGAAGGAUAAUUAGAAGAUAGUUUUUUUUUUUAACUAAGGCACAAAAUAUCUUACAAUAUGAUUUUACAAAUAAGAAGUCAUAUUUGAAAAAAAUAUUUCAUAUGUAAAACUUAAUAUACUUUUUAGGGUUCCAAAGCAAAAAUAGAGCCUUUAUAUUUUCUGUGUUUAUAUGUCAAAACUAUUUUCUAAAUAUAAUUAUCAUUAUAUCUUUCAUAGUGAAAGAUUCUAUAAUAAGUAACAUCAGAUUCAUAAAUAAUAAUUUAUACAUUUGGUGUUCCUUAAUUAAAGUUUUAUAGAUACUUUCAUUAAAUUUUACAUUAUUAAAAUUUUAAUAUAUUUAUAUGGAUCCUUUUAAGAAAAUGGUAACAAUUAUUUCUAUUAUAGUGUGAUAUCUAAUGUAAAUGCUCUAACAAUUUUACCCAGUGCAUUGUGGAACAAGGUGAUUGUUCAUUAAGUGUAUGAACAAAUUUGUGUAUAUAGACCCUUGUUUCACCUGGAGUGUUCCAUUUGAAAGUGUUUUCGUUAUAGUGUAAAUGUUAUUUAUAAUGUAUUUCAAUUUAAAUAUAUAUUGGAGUCUGAUUAUUUAUAUCAAUACAGAAUUACAGUUGA